AUGGCGAUAGAGGCUCCUGGUAUCCAGGCCCAGGCCCGCGGGCCUGCAUUGAAAUUACCGCCACUUGUCCUCGACAAUGCAAUGCCAAACCCUUCAGCUGUCAUUGCUGGUCGUUCCAUGCACCAGAUUCAGCUAGAGAUGGAAUAUGACGCCGAAGAGAGCGACAAUGAUGCCGAUCAGGGCCCCUCAAUACAAGGGUGGCCUGGUGGCCUAGAGCGGCACGCCAGCGACCACCCAAGCGAAACAGAAGAUCUAGCUAUGAGAGAAAUGCAUGCCCUAUGCGUCUUUGACGACGUGUCAGUACCACCAUCCGUACGACCCUGGUCGUAUCUUAUUGAGGCUCUGAGCGCACUUCCUACUGUGCGCAGAUGGGGGAGAUGGCGAUGGCGGGGAGAGCCUGCCUUUGGCGAAGUUCGAGUGGCAGAGGCAAUCAUGAUGUAUGAGAGGGGGGUUGAGCAACGCACCAGCAAUCGGCGCUGUGGCCGUUGUCGUGCGGGACAAGGCAUCUCUCCGCAAUGCGUUGUAGCCCCAGAAGGAAUCGGCCAGGCGCCUGGCGUGACGGGACCAUGUAGCAAUUGUCUUUAUGAUGGAGUCGAGCACGGUUGCAAUGUAUCUGGGAGGAUGACUCCGGUGUCAGGGAGCAGAGAUCGAAGCGGCGAGAGCAUGAGAGACCCAGACAAGGUUGUGGACCACAUGGCUGUGCUAGAGUUGAUUGCCCAGCUCAAGAGGCCCUCUGGAACGCGUAGAGACCACAGUCUUCCGGAGCGAGCGCGGCGGAUCGAGGCUGCGGCUUUGCAGAUUGCCCAAGCGGCACGAGAUUGGCGGGAGAAGAUGGGAGUUCAAAGCUGA